AUGAAACUGUUGGUGGUUUUGACUGUAACAUUAGCGCCUUUCUUGGUGAAAUGUGCUAUUAAUCCCAGAUCAGCUACACAAGAGCUGAGAAAACAGGAAGAACAUGAAGAAUUUGAAACUCUCAGUUCCAUGUUGGAAGACUUUGAUGUGCUCCCUGCGUCAAGUCUUCAGCUACACUCCUUGAAGAAGAGGGACAUUGACACCCAGUCACAUGUAGAAAGGCUAGUAAGCUUUACAGCUCUGAAGAGGCAUUUUAAUUUGUACCUGAGCACCAACACUGAGCUUUUCACAGACAAUUUCAAAGCGGUUUUUGUUGACAGCCAAGGACAAGAAGAAAAUUAUGAUGUUAAUAUACAGAAUUACUUCAAAGGGCAUUUAGUAGGUGAGGAGAAUUCGCGGGUGCAGGCCCACAUAGAUGGGGACGAGUUUUCAGCACAUAUUCUUACUGAUGAAGCUGAGUAUAACGUGGAGCCUUUAUGGAGGUUCACGGAGACACUGUCAGAUGGUCGAUUGCUGGUGUAUCGCUCAGAGGACAUCAAGAACAUCAGCCGAUUGGCCUCAUCUAAAGUAUGUGGCUACAUCACUGCUGAGGCUACAAAGCUGUUGCCGGAGGAAGCUAGAAAAGCCAUGGAGACACAAAAUAUUGAGGAAGGCAGCCAGAGGGUGAAGAGGCAGGUGAAUAAACAUGAGAAUAACACUUGCCUAUUACUGCUGGUGGCAGACUACCGCUUCUACGAGCACAUGGGACGUGGCGAGGAAAGCACCACGCUUAACUAUCUGAUCGAACUGAUUGACCGUGUGGAUGACAUCUACAGAAACACAUCGUGGGAUAAUGAGUAUAAAGGCUAUGGUGUGCAGAUUCAUGAGAUCAUCAUAAACAAGUUCCCAACCAGUGUGGCUUCUGGAGAGCUCCAUUACAAUAUGAAAGGCAGCCCAGUACCAGACCGGGAUGUGUGGGAUGUAAAGAAGCUUCUUGAACAAUUCAGCUUCGACAUUGCAAACAAUGCUUCGAAAGUCUGCCUGGCUCACCUCUUUACAUAUCAGGACUUUGAUGAGGGUACACUCGGUCUGGCAUAUGUAGCCUCCUCAAAGGAACAUGCCUUAGGAGGACUCUGCCCAAAAGCCUACUACCCAUCUCAUUCAGUGAAGAAUCCGAGCUACCUAAACACGGGGUUAACCAGCACUAAGAAUUACGGCAAGACGAUUCUUACAAAGGAAGCAGAUCUGGUAACAACUCAUGAGCUUGGACACAACUUUGGGGCAGAGCAUGACCCAGACCACAUAGCUAACUGUGCACCAAGUGACGAUCAAGGGGGCAAGUUUGUAAUGUACCCUAUUGCCGUGAGUGGAGACCACGUCAACAACAAGCGCUUUUCCAGCUGUAGUAAGGACUCAGUAAGCCGGACUCUGAGGGUCAAAGCUCCCAUUUGCUUUAAAAAAAGGAGCAGGAAUCUAUGUGGGAAUUCUCGGGUGGAAAAAGGAGAGCAGUGUGACCCUGGGCUCCUCCAUCGCAACGAUGACCCCUGCUGCACACACGACUGCAAGUUUAGAAUGGGUGCAGAUUGCAGUGACAGAAACAGUCCAUGCUGCAGCAAGUGCAAAUUCCAAGAAGAAGGAAAGGUCUGUCAGGAGUCCAUCAAUGCAACGUGUAAAGCCACUUCAAAGUGCACAGGCAAAAACAGUGAGUGCCCACCCCCAGGCAAUCUGCCUGAUGGCACAGUGUGUGUGGAUAAGGGUAAAUGCCACAAGGGCGAGUGUAUGCCUUUCUGCGAAGCUACACAAAAUCUCAGCUCUUGUGCUUGCAGUGCAAUAGAACAAUCAUGUAAAGUGUGCUGUAGGAACCUAAGUGGAGUGUGCAUUCCUUUUGUUUCUCAACUUGGAGAUUAUCUGUACCUGCGUAAGGGCAAGCCCUGCACCGUUGGUUUUUGUGAUGGCAGUGGUAAAUGCAUGAAGCAGGUGCAAGAUGUAGUUGAGAGGUUGUGGGACUUUAUUGACAAGCUGAACAUCAACACAUUUGGGAAGUUUCUUGCUGACAAUAUCGUGGGCUCAGUGGUGGUCUUCUCCCUGCUAUUCUGGAUCCCUCUGAGUAUUCUGGUGCACUGUAUGGACAAGAAGCUGGACCAACAGUUUGAGGAGAACUCCAAGCCUCUGAUAUACCCCAGUAAUGUGGAGAUGUUUAGCGGUUUAGAAGGACCUCCCAAGCGUAUCAUCAAGGUUCCUGCUCCUUCUGUUUUAGCAGCCCGACCCAUGCAGGAACAACCUGCUGGCAGCAGCACCUCUCCCGGUUCACAGACCUCCACUUCAGAGCCCAGACCAGAUCCUCCACGUAUGGCCACCAUCGAGGAGGACUCCAGCGGCGACUCUCCACAGGGGGCAAACUUCCCUCCGAGCACCGCGCCAGCCAAGUCGUUCGAGGACCUCACCGAACAUUCACCAUUAAACCGUCAAAGCAACAGCAACAGGCGAUUGCAGAGACAAGGACGUGUUGAGAGUAAGGAGACGGAGUGCUGAGAAGCAGUCUUUUAAUUUGCAAUUCCGCACUUACUUUGCUUUAAGUAUGAACUUUGUCUCUGCACCUACUCUGUAAGAAGCCUUAUUGUAUGCCAUGUAACAAUCAUUUCAAAUACUGUAGUGCAGCUGUAGUUUCUUGACUGCUGAUUAUUGUUGUUUUAGUUAUAAAAAUGUAUGUUUUGCUUAUAAUUAUAUUUUAAACAGAGGUGCAGUAGAUUGAUGUAUCAUGUCAAAUACAGACACUACUGCAAGUGCUUUGUCUGCAGAACCUCACUGAAGGGAAAAAAGAAAACGUCCAUCUCACUGGUCGGUUCAUUGGAAAACUGACUUUAAACACAUCUGUACUUAAUGCAUCUAAUUAUGCUUGUUACUUUUGUAAUUGUUUUUUAUAACGGUAAUCACACUCCAUAUUUGUGGGCAUGAUUGAGACUAACUGAGCACUGAAAUGCUCUAGCCCAGUAACAUAGAUAUGUCCCAGAUGAUGUAAAGCCACCAAACUGCAAAAUGUCACAGUGGAACUAUAGGCAAACACCUACUCUUCCACCCUGUAUGUGUAGUUAUGAUAAGGACAACUAGAGGGUGGGAGCUAGCACCAACUAAAAUAAAAAGAAACUGGGUUCUGUUAAUAAAACAUGGCUAUUAAGUUAACCUAACCAGUAGUCACUUGCCAGAUUGCUCAUCAGUGUUAAAACACCAAUCAUUAAGGUCCAUAUAAAAUGAAGGGUUCAUACUGCUGGUCAUCUACUACUAAACUAGGCUCUACAUAAGACUUUCCAUUAGGGUGAUGUGUCGAUUUAUGCCUAUCUAACAUCAGCCAUUGGUUUCAAUGUUUAUACUGUGAUAGUUAGACCCUUAAAGUGAUGUUAUGACCACUUACAAAAUGCAGUGCUGCUUAUAGUACAUUGAUUGUACACGGGUUGUUUACCCCAUGUUCAGUUAAUAUGAUGAAAGGCACAGCAGUUCUGUCCCGUAUCUCUGCUGUGCUAUAGUAGGUUUAUUUACUGUGUAUUAUAUGAUUCAUUUAUAAAAUGACUGGAACAGUUCAAUAGAAUAAUGACACUGAAUUCUAUUACAAACUCUCAGCAAGUAUUUUGUGGCACUGUAUUUUGUAUAUGUUUUGGUAAAAAGUUGCAGAUAUGUUGCUAUGAUUUCAUUUCAUUCAGUACUUUACCUUGUUGAACCUUGAUACUGUAUUUUGUAUUUUUUCUUCUUAUAUAAAUAUAUAACUGUUACUUAAGUAUAAAACAUAUGGUUUUGAUAAUGUCAGUGCCAAGAAGAUUUUAACAUUUUAUUGUGCCAUAAAACUGGAAUUCUAUUUUCCUCUGGUGUUUAACACUGUUGGUGGUAAGCCAGACACAGUUACAAUAAUGGUUAUCACUUGUGUAUUCUGGAUGUAGAAUUCUUUAUUGAAAUUGUAUGAAUCCACAAAAAAUAAACUUUCUGCACCACA